AUGGCCAUCUCAGGAGUCGAUGUCCCAGUCGAGCCUCUGCGGUCCAAGGAAGAUGUCGAGACUGUUGAGACAGCUUCGAACAGCUCGCAGGAAGCAGGGGGCUUUGACGCGAAGGCCACAAGACGACUCAUCAGGAAGAUGGAUUGGGCUCUUCUUCCCUUCCUAGCACUUUUGUAUCUUCUCUCCUUCCUUGAUCGAACAAACAUUGGAAAUGCUCGUCUUGCUGGUCUUGAGGAGGACCUCGGCAUGUCAGGAUUGGACUAUAAUGCUGCUCUUGCCAUCUUCUUCCCUUUCUACGUGAUCGUCGAGCCGUUCUCAAAUUUGAUGAUGAAGCGAACCCGACCAUCAAUCUGGAUCCCGACCAUCAUGGUCGCGUGGGGUGUAUGCUGUACGCUCAUGGGACUUGUACACAACUAUGCGGGCCUUCUUGCCGCUCGUGCUGCCUUGGGUAUCGCUGAAGGUGGCUUGUUCCCUGGUGUAACAUUCUAUAUCACACUAUGGUAUCGACGACACGAAUGUGGUCUCAGGAUGGCAAUCUUUUUCUCGGCUGCCACCGCUGCCGGGGCAUUCGGUGGUCUUUUGGCUCGAGGAAUUAUCGAGAUGGACGGGGUUGGUGGCUUGAAUGGUUGGGCAUGGAUUUUCAUUAUUGAAGGCCUCAUCACUCUUGUUGUCGCUGGCAUCGCCUUUGUUGUUAUGAACGACUACCCAGCUACCGCCAAGUUCCUCACUCCGGCCGAAAGAGAGGAAGUCACUCGUCGUCUCGAGCAUGACAGAAGCUCUCUUGCAGAUGAAUAUGACAUGAAGUAUUUCUGGCACGCCGUUAAGGACUGGAAGAUUUGGGUCCAUAUGUUUAUCACAAUUGGGGUUUAUACCCCUCUAUACUCGAUUUCACUGUUUCUGCCAACCAUUGUCAAGACUCUAGGGUACACCAACGAAAAGGCUCAGCUCAUGACUGUUCCACCUUACAUCGUGGCUUGCUUUUGCUGUAUUACCGGAGGUUUUGCCGCAGACAAACUCAAGACUCGCGGUUUGUUCAUGAUCGGGUUCAACGUUACGGCACUGAUCGGCCUGAUUAUGCUUAUCUCUUCCCAAAACCCUCACGUCAAAUACACAGGAUGUUUCUUCUUCGCCGCCGGCAUCUACCCCAACGUUCCCCAGGGUGUGGCAUGGAAUGGCAACAACAUCGGCGGUUCGGUCAAGCGUGGGGUUGGUAUCGCUAUGCACGUUGGAUUUGGUAAUCUCGGCGGCGCAAUUUCGGGAUUCAUCUACCUUUCUAAGGACUCUCCCAAGUUCACCACUGGUCAUGCCAUCUUGAUUGGUAUGAUCUCUAUGAGUACGUGUCUCUCCAUCUUUAUGACAUUGUAUCUCCGACGAGAGAAUGCUCGGCGCGAUCGCGAGUACAAAAACCCGGCAGACUAUAGUGCGCAGGACAGGCACGCCGAGAGGGAGAAGGGCGAUAAUGCCACAUUCUUUCGCUAUACGACUUGA